AUGCAUUGCCCUAGUAAGAGUGUGGAGCAGCUCAUGCUGGAGUCUGGACUCUGCCUAGACCAUCCUGCAGCUGCCAGAUUUCAUGAGCACAUUCUGUGUGGGGAAUGGGUCAAGGUGAGUGCCAGGCAGGACCUGCAGGAGCUGAAAGGACUGCUGGAUCAUCCAGAGGAUGUGACUAAGAUGCGGUUUCUGCUGUUGGAGCAGAAGUACCUGGAGCUGCUGGAAGAUGGACGUGCCAUUGAUGCCCUGGACGUGUUGCGCCACCAGCUGACGCCGCUCAAGCACAACGUCCAGCGGGUCCACCAGCUCAGCAGUUACAUCAUGUGUAGCACGGCGGAGGACCUGCGGGAGCAGUCUGGCUGGCCGGGCGCCGGCGCCGAGUCUCGCGGCCUGCUGAUGUCCCGCCUGCAGCCGUUCCUGCCGCCCUCCGUCAUGGUGCCCGGCAGCCGGCUGGAGACGCUGCUGCAGCAGUCGGCCGAGCUUCAGCGCAGCCGCUGUCCCUUCCACAACACGGCCGCCGACAGCGCCGAUCACGGCCUGCUGGUCGAUCACCUCUGCUCAAGGGAACAGUUCCCGACCGAAACGGUGCAGAUUCUGCGCCAACACAACGACGAAGUGUGGUUUUGCAAGUUCUCGCCGGACGGCCGGAGCCUGGCGUCCGGCUCCAAGGACAGCACCAUCAUCGUGUGGGACGUGGACACGGAGUCGCUGACGGUGAAGCCCCGCCACACGCUGGUGGGCCACAGUGACGGGCCGCACGGCUACCCGCUCUGCUACCUGGCCUGGUCUCCCGACUCGCGCUACCUGCUAGCCGCCCACGAGUCGCCCGAAGUCCGGAUCUGGGAUGCCGUCCAGGGAACCCUGGAGAAGAGUGUCAACCACGCCAGUAACGACGCCAUCAUGUGCGGUGCCUGGCAUCCGGACAGUACCAAGUUUGUGUGCGGUGGCACCCACGGACAGUUCUACCUCUUCGAUAUCCGGGGCACGCAGCACGACCGCUGGGAGGGCGUGCGCGUGCGCUCGCUCUGGUUCCAGAACGACGGUCAGACCAUACUGGCCGCAGACACACACAACAGGGUUGCCGGAUACUACUCGGAUGACCCCAAGCCAUACGAAAUUCUGACCGAGAGUGGCGACGUGAUGUCCAUGUGCAUCAAUGACACGGGCACGCUGGCUGCACUCAACGUGGCCAACCAGGGCGUCCACCUCUGGGACCUGCAGGACAAGGUUCUGCUGAGGAAGUUCCAGGGCCUUACGCAGGGCACGUUUACCGUAUACGGCUGUUUCGGUGGCCUAAAUCAGGAAUUUGUGGCCUCAGGCAGUGAAGAGUGCAACGUGUACAUUUGGAACACGCGGCGCGAGAAGCCGGUGGCCGUGCUGCAGGGCCACACCAACACGGUCAACUGCGUCACCUGGAACCCGCAGUGCCCCAGCAUGCUGGUGUCGUGCAGUGACGACAGCACCGUGCGCGUCUGGGGUCCGGCGGGCCCGCACCGAGCCGCAGCGACGGGCCGGGCGGCUGCUGCCAGCAGCGGGGCUUCCGAUCUCGCGAGCAACGGCUCGUCGGCCACGUAAGCGUGGCCGCCGGUCACGCCGUGCCUUGGCCGCCCGGGCGCUUUCUCGUCACAGUGGUCUCAGCAGGCGGUGCGCUCAGGGGCGCGGGGCGGCCGCUCGGCUCGGACGAGCCACCUCUGUGCCGCGUGGAGCCGGCCGCCUCUGCCGUCGCCGACAGGCGCGCCGACUGCCGCCCACCUCAUCACGCGCCCGGCGACAAGCGAACCGGCGAUCUGACGUCAGACGUCUCAUCCCGCUGCCGGCGCGGGCCGCUCCGCCCUCUGCUGGUGGGAACCGCCCGCCCCUCCCUCCGCCGGUGGGGGCCGGCCCUCCCUCUGCCGGUGGGAGC